AUGUCUCUUCAAGUGAACCUGUCCGGCAGGGAACUCUCGGAGGCGUACCAGAACGUAGUCAACGCCCGUGGUGUAGAUUGGGCGAUCUUCACCUACGACAAGGGCACCAACGACCUCAAAGUCCAGGCGACUGGAGAUGGAGGUCUCGAGGAGCUUCAGGAGGAAUUCUCCGACGGCCGCAUGCAGUAUGCGUUCGCGCGCGUGAAGGAUCCCAAUAGCACGCUCCCCAAGUUCGUCCAGAUCAAUUGGUGCGGUGACGGUGUCCCAGAGGCCCGAAAGGGUCUCUUCCACACCCACUCCAGCGCAGUGGCAAGAUUCCUCCGCGGGACCCACGUCGUAAUCAGCGCCCGAAACGAGGAGGAUGUCACUCCCGAGCUCAUUAUGUCUCGUGUCGAGGCCGCCUCUGGCGUCAACUACACCGCCCAGAAGGAAGCCCCGCGCAAGUUCGAGCCCAUCGCUCCCGUUGGGACAGCCUACAUCCCCGUGGGCAAGGUUGAUAUCAACGCUCUCCGUGCCGCUGCGCCCCCGCCCGCCUCCGCUGCGUCCAAGCCUCUCCCCGCUGCGUCCCGUCCCGUCCCCCCAACGGCUGCGCGACCUACGCAUGGGCAGAGAAGACAGCAGUUUCGCGCCUCCUCCGCCCCCGCCAGCUGCGUCUCGCCCGCCCGCAACCAUCCCGAAACCUACGGCUCCUGCGCCUUCGCCAGGUUCUCCCCUGCCGCCUCUGCACCCGUUGUUUCGUCUGUCACGCCUACGAAGCCGGCCGAAGACGACAAGAUUGGACCUGUGGGGACCGCAUACACGCCCAUCAAGCUGCAACCCAAGAGGCUUGUUAACCCCUUCGCCACUCGCCAGACCGAAUCGGAGACCGCGACUGCCCCGCCCAAACCUGGUGCUGGGCUGCGUCAAGCUCUCGCGAAGAAGCAACAACAAGAUGAGGAGACCCGCGCGCAAACGGCAUUGGGCAGCCAGCCUAUGCCUCCACCCGCCCCUGCCUUCCGUCCGCCAGCUGCCUCUGCCGCCCCGAUCAGAGCACCUUUGCCACCGAGAGCGUCUGAGCCUGAAGAGGAGGAGGAAGAGUACGAGGCUCCACCGCCUCCCGCCCCUCUCCCAACCGCGAGCCGACCUCUUCCAGCGGCCUUUCCCGCUGCGGAACCUGCCCCUCCGCCUUCGCCUCCGCCUCCGCCUCCACCUCCACCUCCACCGCCGGCCAUGCACGAGUCCGAGCCCGAGGCAGAAGUCGCGCCGCCUCCGCCCCCGCCUCCGCCUCCGCCUCCGCCUCCGCCUCCCCCGCCGCCUGUCGCUCCUGUCGCGGCCGCCGCCGCGGUCGGUCUCUCUGCUGGCGCGGUGAUGACCGCGGCUGUCAUGACGGAGCCAGGUGUCUGUGCGAUUGUCCAGUACUCGUACGAGGCCCAAGAAGACAAUGAGAUGGACCUCAACGAGGGUGAGCUCAUCGAGCAGAUCGAGCAGCUCGACGAAGGCUGGUGGUCUGGCGUCGGUCCCGAUGGCAAGCAGGGUCUCUUCCCCUGUCGCAAGAGGUCGCAGCACCUGCCACCCCUCCGCCGCCCUCUCCGCCGCCUCGCCGCUCCACCUCCCGCGCCGCCUCCGCCCCAAGCCGCCGCGGAGCCUGAACCUGAGCCCGCUGCGGAAGAAGACCUCGGCUCGUGGGCCGUCGCCCUGUACGACUACGACGCGGGCGAGGACAACGAGAUUUCGUUCAAGGAAGGCGACAGGAUCACGCAGAUCGAAGCCACCUCUGACGACUGGUGGUCCGGCAUGGAUCCUCACGGCAGCGUCGGCUUGUUCCCUGCCAACUAUGUCGAACUCCAGGCGUGA